CGCGAGGUAAUGACUGAAGCCAACCCCAUUGGAAUCGCUCACGUCCCGCGACACUCGCGAGCGCUGGGUGGCCGGUCGUACGGAGGAAGGCACGGCCAGCGCCCCAACCAGUACGCUUCGAUCGGUCGAGAGACGGCGGCUGCGGCGGUAGGAGACGACGAGGCGCGGCGAGAAACCAUGAACAGAAGCUCGUCUCGGCGGGGACUGGCAGCUAUUGCCGUGUGUGUUGGCUUCGUCGCCGCGGUCACCCUUUUCUCCAGGGUCGACCCACAGCAGUCGACAGGAAGCUCGUACCGCGGGGUGCUGAAGCUUGACAAGGAAGGCCGCAGCGUCAGGGGCGGCUCCUCGAGCGGGCUGACCCUCGUGGCUACCAACGAGUACGGCGAGUACGACCGGGGAGCGCUGGCGCUGUAUGGGUUUGACAUGCUGGUGGAACCCUACAAGAAGACCACGAUCUCAGUGACCGGUCCUGCGUCCUCGUCGGGAAGCAUCUCGUAUUCGUGGCUGCUCGUGCGCGAGGACGACGACGAGCCCGAGGCGGUCGAACUUGAGGUCGUCGAGCAGGACGACACCCCCAGCGGCUCGUCGGUCAAGGUCACGCUCACCGAGGCGGGGGCGACCUACGCGUUGCACGUGCAGCAGCAGCAGCUCGCUCCGGAAGGCGGCGGCGACGCCUCGGUCGCGGUCGUAGUCUCGGAGAAGACGAUACAGGUGGCCUGCAAGCACGUGCGGCGGGAGCUCCGGGACCUGACCUCCGCGGACAGGACGGCGUUCUUCUCGGCCAUGCGGGAGUUCUACACGGUCAACCUGGAGGCCGGCAAGGAGAAGUACGGGAAGACGUUCGCCAAUUCCAAGAUAAUUAGUACCUACCACAACACGCGGAACUACUGUUUCCACUCGGGGAUGCACUUCCUCAACGCCCAUGCGUCCUUCGACCUGUGGGCCGAGCGGUCGCUGCAGAUGAUCGACCCUACGGUGGCGAUGCACUACUGGGACUUCACCAUCGAUGCCGCCACCCUCGGACCAGAUUGGGCGGACAGCGUAAUUUUCAGCAACGACAUGUACGGGUCGGCACUGGGGUCCCCCGACAACGGCUACCAGAUCUCCGAGGGCUGGUUCGCCGACGUGAAGUCCAUCUACGACCCGGACGAGACGUUCUUGAAAGAACAAAUCAACCCUGGCUACAGCCUCUACGGAUACAUUGACGCGAGGUACAACAUCCAGGCAGUGGAUGGGGUCUCUCGUACAGCCUCAUACUGUGGGGUGAGAGGCGAGAUUGAGUUCGCCACGUGUAAUGUAAUCAUCAACUGCUUCGAGCAAUACGACAACAUCUCUGAGUGGAACGAGUGCAUGGAAAAUCAGGUCCACGCGGCAAACCACGGAAUGAUGGGAGGAGCGUUCAACUGCAACGUGGACAUGGUGCAGUUCCAGGAGGACAACCCUGGGCUCAAAGCCGGGCUGCUGUCCUUCGCGCUGGAGUACAUCCUCGUCGGCAUGUGGCCGAGCAACUCCUUCAUGGGCGACCACAACACAUGCGACACGUCCUGCACCGUGGGGCAGACCCAGGACUGCGGGUGCACUUGCGACACGGAUUUCCACGACUGGUCCGACGACGAGGUAUACGACAAAAUGGAGUCACAAAUGGAGACGAUGCAAAACAGGGCCCACGGCACGAAGUACGUCUACAGGGACGACGGCGCCACCUAUCAGUACGGCUUCCAGCAGAACGGAGUUAGGCUGGAACACGACGAUAACAUGCUGCUCAUGCGCACCCUCUUGACGCUCGCCUGUGAACCGGGCGCUUUGGGGGCAAUGAGCGUCGGACCCAGCAUCCUCGACCCAGUGUUUUGGGCACUCCACCCGAUCUUCGAAAAAGCCACGCAGAUCUUACAGCUUUCCCCGACCUACAAGGAUACUUACGACUUCACGUGGGUCGGGAAGGACUGCGGCGACGGCGUGUCCGGCGGGCAGGUGGACGAGACCAUGCCGUUUACAGAGCGGGACUUCGGCUUCGGCGACGGCGACGAGCCCCUGACGAACCAAGAGAUCAUCGAUUUCCUGUUCCCGACGAACCCCAGGCUGCCCUACGUGUAUGACAAGUUCGACUCCUGGGGAGCCUGCACAGAUUGGGACUUUGAAGUGGCUGCGGCUUAACCAUGCCGUGUGUGUGUGCCAUCAAGCUUGGCGAACCGUGAGGAACGCCGGGCUGUGCUUUGAUUGUGGGCUGGAGCUUGUCGUUGGUCGCCAAUGAGGGACACACCGCAUGUUGACUUGCUAACGCCCGCGCUGUAUGGGCCCCUGCCAGCGAUGUAUGCGGUGCCUUGCGUUUAGUGAUGUUGACGUUGCGGUAUUCCAUUUUCCUUCGGUAUCUACCCUCGCGACACACGACACUCGAGCAUUAUCUGGUGUCUUCGCCGAAAGUGCCAUUCAGUAAAUGUUUGGGGUGAAACGCCGCCGCACAGACAGAUGGUUUACCACCGUAUCCACGAUGAUACGCAUACAUCCGUCGAUUCUUGUGAGAGAAUGUUUUCUGACGAGGACGCGGCAAUGCCUUGUAUCACCACUUCUUUUUGGCGGCAGAUUCGGCGCGAGGUCCACUGCAAAAGGUGGCCCGAUAAGUUGCAUGUUGGGGCAAGAGGAGAAUAUGCCGCUAUUCAGGGCAGUGCCACUACUGUAGGCAAUAUAUCGGGUUCAUGUAGUCUACAUGUUGAGAUUGUGACCAGAGAUUCUGAUGCCACUAUAUAGGCAUUGCCACUGUUCAAGUUGCCACUAUAAUAGGCAUUGCCACUGUUCAAGUUGCCACUAUAUCGGGCUGCUUCCUGUACCGGUCCCUCCUCGCAAGGGCAGAAGGAAAUCAACUUGGGUUCCCUGGAUGGUGGUAAGAUCGUUCCUCGGUGAUUGUGUAGGGCGGAUCGUGGCUGUUGUGAUGUUUGACGAGGAAAUGGUUUUCAGGUGUGAGAAACGACGCGUGACAUGAUUUUCGCGGUGAUGUAUUGAUGUACUCAUUGUCGUACGCGUGU